GAGCUCAGGGCGGCGCUGCGUUGCUGACGGUGUUGGUGCCCGCGGUGUUGGCCCUUGCGAUCGGCGCGACCAACGUUACACAGGCAGGCACAUACAGCGGCGCGUGCAAGGUGUUCACGUACACUGUGCAGGAGGAGAAGAGUGCGAGAAAAAAAAACCCCAACCCCUCGAGUGCAGGUUCAUUUCCCUCUGAUCUGUCGGUGCGUGCGGACGUGCGUCCCGUAGUGUCUCUCGUGCCCGCACACACACAACACCGCCGCUGCUGCUGUUGUUUUGUUGUUCCCUGUGUUUUUUUUUUCUCCGUGUGUGAUGUGCUGCAAGCCGAAGGCAGAAGGCUUCCACCACCCAAAAGGCAAGAUAAUGCUCCAAGCGCAGCUGCCACCGAUUUCGCUGGCGAUGAUUUACAAACAGAAGUGAAGGACGAUAAGUGUGUGUGUGUGUGUGUGUGUGUGACAUCCUUUCCGUCCGGGAAGUAGUGAAGAGCAGUGAGACGCUUGCAGGGCGAUUAAGUUAUUCCAGACACCGUGGUGUGUCUGCUCAGUGAUCGCUUUGUUUUGGUAGGAGCCGCCCAUCGAAUCGUCGUUCUUAUUGCUUUUUAUUCGACAACGGCGACGACGGGGACACGACACCUGAAUGAUAUCCUCGUCCCCGGUUUCUGAGGAGUGCACUGUGAGCAAACAGAAAGUAAAAACACCAACGGUGUGGCGCGUAGGAGGAGGGUUUGCGCAAGCGCGCGAACCUGUGGCAGUGUGUGAUACAGCAGGAUAGUCAAACAAGUGGCCAUCCGCAGUACGGAGGACGGUGGGGGGCGCAAGGGUCAGAGUUGGGUUUGCCUGUAUAAAACGGGAGGCGGCUGGAGAAAUUGCGUCCAGUGAACGUCGGGCCACCGGCUGGGAAGCGAGAAAAACAAGAAAGGAGAGUCAGUUGUACCUGUGCUGUGCCGCACUCAGUGUGCAGCUAAUUGCUUCGCAUCCUUGGCCACACCUGCCCCGGUGGGGCCCAGGUGGGACGUGAAAACGUAAAGCAAGUCCGUGUAAAUGUUUUAGGCCUGUAAGCGUUAGUGGUGCGUUAGUGAAGAAUUGUUUUGAUUUAAAUUACCGGUGUCCUAGGCUGUGUAAAUAGAACUAAAUCACCACCGCGGUGUGCAUUGUUGUGUGCUUUGUGUGUGUCUGUAUGUGUGUGUGUGUGUGUGUGUGUGUGUGUGUGUGUGUGAAAGUCUACAAUCAAAGCAAGCCGCCAAGAACCGUCUAUCAACCUGCAAACGAAUGCUGAAUUUUCGGUGAAAGAAACAUUGAGCACACAAUCAACAACAACUCUCCCCCCCUCCCCCCCCCCCCCCCAGAUCAAGCUUUUGCCGGUGGGCGUGUGUGUUUUGUGUGUGGUUUGUAAAACGAUGGUGGUCGCCGCCGGUCACCAACGCGCCCCGCUGGCGCUAGAGCGGUCGUCCGGCAGGGAAGAGUAGCGCGCGGACGCCACACGGCGCUAAGGAACAAAUGUCGGCCAGUGGUGGCGACGGUAUAGACUGCGAUCAACACGAUCAACCGGUGGCAAGGCAGCUCUCUGCGCUGCCCUGCCCGUCGUGGCCGCCGCUAGCCCGCGAGCACGUGCUGAACACAAACACAACACAAAUUUAAACUGAAACCGUCCGGCGGGGAGGAGAAACGAGCAGCCGUUCUUAACACACCGUGGGCCUAAGAGCCAAGCUAAGGAGGGGCAGGCAAGAAGAGAGAAACGAUUGCUCCCGUACUGCCCCUGUGCAAACGCAGGAACCACACAAAGCUGUAAAGAUGGCCGACGACGACGGCAGCAACAGCAGUAAAGGUGGUACGGAGCAGGAGGGAGGCGCAAGUGGUGGCGGCACGGCGGAGGGUGCCGCCGCCGCCGCCGCCGCCGGCAGCGCGGACGGUUCGUCGCCGUCCGCCGGCCGCAAGCCGCUGUCGGUGGCGCGGCUCAAGGAGAAGGGCAAGAAGCUGGCGUCGGCCCACAUCCACCGGGAGCUGGCGGUGAACGGGACGUCCGACAGCCUGAACCGGCUGCUGGACGAGCUGCUGUCGCCCGAGAGCCAGAUCUCGCUCAGCGAAAACAUCGAAUGGUGCCGGUGGUUGGUCGCCGGCGGCCGCACGCCCGCCGAGUUCGCCUCGAUCGUGCGAGCGUACGACAACCACGCCAAGUGUGGGCUGGUGUGGAUACCGCACGUGGUCGCGUACCGGUGCCGGACGUGCGGCAUCUCCCCGUGCAUGUCGAUCUGUCGCGACUGCUUCAAGCGGGGCAACCACCAGAACCACGACUUCAACAUGUUCCUGUCGCAGGCGGGCGGGGCCUGCGACUGCGGCGACACGUCCGUGAUGAAGGCGGAGGGCUUCUGCAGCGACCACGGGCUGAACAACUGCCAGAACAAGGCGCCCGUCCCGGACGACCUGAUGCUGGUGGCGGAGGCGAUGAUGCCGCGGCUGAUCCUGCGCAUGCUGCUGCACUUCCGCGAGUACAGCGCGAGCAACCUCGACUCGGACGACUGCCACCGGACGGCCGAGUACUGCAACGACUACUGCGCGAUGCUGAUGGAGUUCAACAACAUGGGCGAGCUGAUGCGGCGCGUCAUGACGCGCACGCUGAUCGACCGGGGCGUGUACCGGCGGCUGCUCGACCCGCCGUACCCGUCGCCCCGGUACGGCAAGUACAUCCGGGACGGGUGGCUGCAGUACGAGGAGGCGCUGCGCCAGUUCCCGUCACCCGAGCCGCCGCCCGACUACGCCCAUCUGGCGGCGCUCGGGCGCACGAUCGUGCACGAGACGCUGCUGGAGGAGUUCAUCUUCUGGACGUUCAAGUACGAGUUCCAGCAGCAGAUCGUCUGCUUUCUGCUGAACAUGCUGCCCGACCAGGACUACAAGGAGCAUCUGACGCGCACGUUCGUGAUGCACUACUGCCGCAUCCCGAGCGUGCUGGAGCUGUCCAGCGAUCCGGACACGCUCAGCAACCGGGUGGUGCACAUGAGCGUGCAGCUGUUCUCGAACGAGAGCCUCGCGCUCAAGAUGGUCGAGGAGCUGUCGCUGCUGCACGUGAUGAUCAUCAGCCUGCGGCAGAUGAUGUCGAAGAUACUGACGCCCCACACGCUGCACACGCCCGAGCACAACUUCCACUACGUGGUCGACUGUGCGGAACGGGUGAUGAAGGAGCACUGCUACUGGCCGCUGGUGUCCGAUUUCAACAACGUGCUGUCGCACGAGUCGGUCGCGCUCGUCUUCCUCAAGGACGACGAUCUGAUCGACAUGUGGUUCCAGUUCCUAUCGAUGUUGCAAGGAAUGAAUGUAAACAUUCGCGAAAUCAUCAGCCAUGUCGAGUUCGAGUCGAGUUCCUACUAUGCCGCCUUCAGCUGCGAGCUCGAGGCGAGCGCCUACCCGAUGUGGUCGAUCAUCUCGCACCUGCAGGAUCCGUCCCACGCGCCGCUGGCGAAGAAGAUCAUGAUGUACUGCGUGAACUAUCUGCAGGACUGGCUCGAUGCGAUCAACUUCUACCAGCAGCCCCGGUUCGAGAAGGAUGAAAUGUCCCGUGCGUCGUUCCACUUUCCGCUCCACCGCUAUCUGGCCGCGUUCAUCUGCCAGGGCGUAAAGACGAUGGGCAUGUCGCUGAACGAUAUCUUGCCGUCCGCGGAUCUGCUGCCGAAGCUGAUGAUGCAUCCACUGCGCGUGCAGAGCCUAUUCUACGAGAUCCUGUCCGGCGUGUGGGUGCGGAACGGGCUGCAGAUCAAGGGCCAGGCGAUGACGUACAUCCAGGCGAACUUCUGCAACUCGAUGGUCGACAUGGACCUGUUCUUCCUGCAGAUCUGCGCGACCCAGCUGCCGCCGAACCUGUUCGUCAGCGAGUGCAUCCUGAUGUUCGGCGUGGAGGACUGGCUCGGCAUGAGCGUGCUGAGCACGCCGCCCGAGAUGGAGCAGGACUCGAUGCUCGAGGGGCUGCUCACCUUUCUAGCGACGCUCAUCACGUCCCGCAUCAACCUCGGCAACGACGAGACGACGCAGUGCAUGAUCGAGAUCAGCGCGCUGCUCGCGACCGGCGAGAAGACGCACAGCCAGCUGCUCGAGCUGAUGCCGGAGCGGAGCGGCAACGCGCACACGCGCAACUUCGAGCGCUACCUGAAGGAGCUGUCGAUCUACCGGCCGCCGCCGGUCGGCUCGGAAAACCUCGAGCAGGGGUUGUUCAUGCCGGUGCCGGCCGUCUGGGAGCGCCACUACGAUCCGCUGCACGUGCUGCUGCGGGCGGUGCAUCGGCGCGACUUCCAGAACUCGCUCGACCGGUUCGGCGCGUACGUGAAGCAGGCGGGCAAGAUGCCCCGGAGCGGCAACCUGUGGCCCCCGUUCCGGCUGCCGGGCUCGUGCGGCCCGGCGUACAGCGAUCCGGGCGCGCUGCUCGGCUCGCGCAUCCUGCACGCCACGCUGCUGGCCAUCUUUUACCGGGCGGUGCACAAGCACAACGUGUCGGAGCAUCUGCUCGCGCUCGCCGUCUUUCUGCUCGAGAUGGCGGUGUGCAAUGCGGGCGGAGCGAACGGCGGGGAGCCGGCCAGCAGCCGGUCGACGGCGGAACCGGCCGCCACGAGCAAAACGAUCGAGGAGCAGACGGGCCGCCCAUCGGUGAUUGGGUGCGGCGGGGAGCCGGUGCCCGAUCUGCUCAACUGCUACCCGAGCAACUGUCUGAGCGACAAUCUGAAGAUGACGGUGAAGCGCAUCUCGCUGCUGCCGGCGAUGCGCCGCUCGCCCGUGUCGUACCGGCCGCUGGACGGGGGCAGCCCCCCGUUCGACAGUGACGUCGAGUGGGACCUGUCCGAGGACGAGACGCUCAUGAUGAUUGGCGGCAAUGCGGAGAGCGACCCGGCGGCCGGUGCCGGAGCGGCCCCGACCACUGCCGGCCAGGGUGGUGCGGUGGAGCGGGCAGGAGGCAGAGGGCCGUCCGGGGCUGCGGGGGUCGAGCAGCGGCUGGUGCCGGCGCGUGCCAUCAACAGCGUGGAGGUGGUGCCGCUGACGCAGGACCUGACGCCGAUGGCGAACGCGGGCCUCGUGUUUACCGCGCGCCGACCGGCCGCCAUCCAUGCGCCGCCGGCCGCAUCGACCACCAGCACCAGCCAGAUGGUGGUGGAGGAAGAGGAAGACGACGAAGAGCACGUGCAGGAGCAGGAGGGGGAGGGAGAGGAGGAGAAUGGAACGGGCAGUAGUGGGCAGCCGAUCGCGAGCGAUAUGGAGGCGAGACGGCGCCGCUGGCAUUUGUUCCAGCGGCUGCUUGGGCAGCAGCCGGGCGCAACACCGACGGCGACAGCAACCACGACGACGACGACGACGACGACGACGGUGGAACCACAGGACGAAGACAUGCCCGCCUACCACGUGAUGGAUUCGGACGGGGACGUUGUGGUGGAGGAGGAGGACGAGGAGGAUGACGCGCAGCAGCAGCAGCAGCAGCAGCCGAGCGAACUGUUGGCGAUGCGCGCCCGCUACCUGAUGCUCGAGCGGAGGCGCAGCAGCAUCGGCAACGCGAACGUCGUCCAGCCCGCCGACGUGGACGAGUACAUCGACGUCGAGGCGGAGGACGACGGUGGCGAGGACGAAGGAGCCGAACAGGAGGGCGAAGGGGGAGACCGGCGGCGUCGCCGCCCGUCCGAGAACGGGGCACGCCGCCGCCGGAUGGACGAGGACGACGAGGACGGCGGCGACGAGGCGACCGACAUUGCCGACAUCCAGUCGAUCGUGCCGCGGGCCACGCUGGUCGGCAGCCGGACCCGCUCGGUGCAGCUGGGCCGGCGGCGUGCGGCGGCGAGUGGCGCUGGUAGUGGGGGACUGCUGCAUCACCACCAUCACCACCAUCACCACCAUCACCAUCAUCCGUCGGCGGGCGUCGGGCCCGGGUCGCUCAUACGCGCCACCGCCACCGGCGUCGGCGACAGCGCCGGCGGUCCGGCCCGGGCGACCGAGUUUAUCGUGGAGGAGGCGGCGGACGAUGUGCCGGCGGGCGGCCCGACCGGCGUGGAACUGAUGAUCCGGCACGAGUUUGUGCCGGUGCCGGGUGGCGAAGUCGGCGGGCAGGAGAUAGCGAUACCGCAGCAGCAGCAGCGUGCCCUGACGCCGCCCGUGUUCGGUGCGACUGGCGCUGGUGCGGUGGAAGCGACCGGUGGUAUGCUGCUGCCGUUUAACCGGGCAGCGGCGGCGGUGGCGGCAGCGGCGGCGGCAUCGUCGUCGUCGUCACCAUCCGCCACGGCAGCGACGGCGGUUGGCACGAGCGGCAACCUGAGCGUGGUGCCGCAGCAGCCGAACCAGCUGCAGAGCUACUACCACGCGAACCAUCACCACCAUCACCACCAUCACCAUCGGCACCAUCACCAUCACCAUCAUCACAGCGGCGCAGCGGGCACAGGAGUUGGAGGCGGAGUAGGAGGGGGAGGAGCAGGCGGUGCACAGCACGGGGCGCAGUCGCUGGCGCAGCAAACGCCCCGCCACUACCAUCGCAGUUUGCAGCCGGCGGGUGGUGGCAGCGCCGGUGCUGCCGGUGCUGGUGGGGCACGUGGGGCGGGCGGUGGUGGUGCGGGAGGUGGGCAGGCGAACUGGACGCGGUUCAAGCGGCGCAGCAUGAUGGCGAACCACCACGGCCGGCAGCAGCAGCACCAGCACCAGCACGGUAGUGCGGGUGGCGUCGGCGAGAUGACGAUGCGCGAGGGCGCUGGUGGUGGGCCGACCGGCCGGGAAGGCAACAGCGAGAGCGACACGAUCGUGCUGGAGGAGUCGAUCAUCUCGCUGCUGCUGAAGCUGCACUCGCAGCUGAGCGGGGCCCUGGACAGCUUCUCGCUCGACGACGAAACGGAGGACGAGCUGACGGCGGCGGCAGCAAGUAGCGGCGGUAGUGCUGCAUCGACCAGCGGCAGCAGCCAGCAACCUUCCGGGACGGGCGUGCCGUCGUCGUCCAGCACCGGUCAGCGGCAGCAGCCCGACGGCGACCACGCAAAGAUGGAGCUGGACGAGGAGGAGACGCCCGCCGGCAGCAGCGGCGGCGGCGGUGGCGAGAAAACUACUAGUCAACAGCAGCGGGCACCGCCGCAACGGGGCCGGGGCCGCAUCUCCGACUCGCGCAUCGGCGACGGGCCGUUCUUCAUCGGCAAUCUGCUGCGCAAGAUAGCCGCGCUGGACGCCACGUGCGCGGUGCGCAUCGAGCAGAUCCGGGCGGAGCUGUGGCCGAACCAAAGAGAGCGGCAGGCGGAGCAGAAGGCGCGCGAGGCGCGCGAAAAGGAGGAGCGCACCAAGCGGGCCAAGGAGCGGCAGAAGAAGAUGAUGGAGGAGUUCGCGAACCGGCAGAAGCGGUUCAUGCUGCUCGCGAUGGCCUCGAUGGGCGGUGGCGGCGAUUCGUCCGGCAUGGAUUUCGGCUUCGGCGAGGAGGAGUCAGCGGGGGCGGCAGCGACGGCGGCGGCGGCAGGAACCGACGGUGAGUCGGCGGCGGCCGCGGCAGCGGCAGCACGGGCCGCGGCGGAGCGACAGGCGGCGGAGGAGCAGCAGGCGGAAGCGCUGCGCGAGAAGGAGUACGACUGCAUCAUCUGCAACACGUCCGGCCCGAGCACGGAGACGAACCCGAUCGGGCUGGUCGUGCUGGUCGAGUCGAGCAGCGUGGUGGGGCAUCGGCGCACGCGCCCCGAGCGGCUCGCGCUGCCCCUGUCCCGCGACGACCAGGCCCGGCUCGCGGACAGCGUGACGCUCGCGAGCGAGUUCAACAAGCGCAUCGAGCUGCUGCAGUGGAAGUUCGGCCAGACGUCCUGGUUUCUGUCGCACAACAUCGGCUGGGACGGGGGCGUGCACAUCCAGUCCUGCGGGCACCACGUGCACCUGUCCUGCCAGGACGCGUACCUCAAGUCGCUGCACACGCCCCGCAGCCCGAACAAUCUGAACGUCGAGCUGGGCGAGUUCUUCUGUCCCGUGUGCCGGCAGCUCGCCAACUCGGUGCUGCCGCUCAGCCCGGCGCUGGACCGGCCGGCGCCGCUGAUACGGGCGCCGACGCCGCCCCACCACACGCUCGUGCUCGAGCUGAUCCAGCUGUUCCAGGAGAGCAAGCGGGCCCCGAUGGCGAGCAAGUUCUGCGAGGCGAUGGGGCGCGCCAUGGGCAACAUUACCGCCUGCACGCAGCGCAUCAUCAAGAGCUAUCCGGUGACGCUGCAGAGCCUGUUCUCGUUCGUGCUGUCGAUCGCGCGCACCAACCUGGAGGCGGAGGUGAUCCAGCGGGGCGGCUCGCUCUGCAGCACCGAGGACAUCCGGUACAAGCCGAAGCGGGACUGCAUCGUGCCGCUGCUGCACGUGCUGUCGCUGCACGUCCGGCUGAUGAUCAACGACGACUGGCCGAUCCGGUUCAAGGUCGGCGACGACUGGCCGUGGCACUCCUGGUCCCGGCUCGCCGGCAUCCAGCUCGCGUACGACGGCGUGGAGGUGGGCGUGGAAGCGCACGAAGCGUCCUUCGACCGGCUGGCGGUGGUUCCGGCCCGCACUGGCACUGCUGCUGCCGCUAGCAACACCACCACGAAGGCUGCACGCCACGACGAGCGUGUGGAUGAGGAGCGGGACGAUGAGGAGGACGAUGAUGAUGACGAUGAUGACGACGAGGAGGAAGAGGAUGAUGAUGAUGACGAGGAGGAGGAUGACUGGAACGACGCGGAAGACCAGUACACGGAGUUUCUGCGCGACAUGCUGUUGCGAGCGCCGUCCGGCACAACGGCCGACGGUGCUGCUGCUGCAGCCGCCGGUUCGCCUUCAGCCGCCGUGUCAUCGCCGGCGGCAGCGUCCGCCACUGCCGACACGACGAAAGCGGCCGCCGCCACGAGCACGAUCGUCGACACAGAAACCAUACCCGAUCUGAUCAGCGAUCCGACCGCGCUGCUGCUCAAGUUCAUCCUGCUCGCGCCGCUCCAUCUCGAUCAAGCUUACUUUACCUGCAUCGUGAAGGUGACGUACAACCUGCUGUACUACCAGAUCGUCCUGCAGCUCUGCACCCAUCUGACGGAGGAGGAGUGCGACGAGAUACUGGGGCGGUACGGACCGACCGCCCAGCCGCCGCCGGCGGUGGUGCGCGAGCGGGGCGUCCCGCACAUCGGCGUCGCGAUGGCGUUCGUGCUCAGCCAGCUAGACCGCUGCCGGCACAUCCGCAGCGACAGCGUGCUGAUGGGCGAGUUCGGUGGCGAGGGCGACGGUGGCUACGAGUCGACCAGUGGCGGCGGCGGCACCACGAAGCGCCUCAACCUGGAUGUGUACGAGAAGCGGCUGCAGCGGCUCUGUCUGCCAUUUUUGCGCGUGGCCGCCCUGCUCCGGCACCACAUCUACCGGGCGGAGAUACCGGACAUUGCCGGGCCGCAGCUCGAGUUCGCCCGGCUCGUCUACUUCCUCGAGCUGGUGACCGUCUCGAUGGACUGGGACAAGUUUAACGCGAGCAGGGCGCUCUGCUUCCUGCACGGGACCGAGCUGGCCCUGCCGAAGAACUGGUGCGACCAGCUGCGCAACCUGCGCCCGACCUACGAGUCGACCCGGUCGCUGAUCGUCCAGCAGCACAUCGACUGGCGCCAGCCGAAGCUGCUCGGGCUGCCCCGCGAGUACGAGCGGCUGUUUACGUACUAUCACGAGCAACCGUGCCAGAAGUGUCAGAACGUGCCGAAGGAAAGCUCCAUCUGUCUGCUGUGCGGCACGAUCGUGUGCAUCAAGCAGUCGUGCUGCAAGGUGCGGGACUACUGCGAGGCAGUGCGGCACUCCAUUAGUUGCGGCGGCGGGACGGGCAUCUUUCUCGUGAUCACCUCGACCUACAUCAUCGUCAUUCGGGGCCACCGGGCGUGCCUGUGGGGUUCGCUCUACCUGGACGACUACGACGAGGAGGAUCGUGAUUUAAAGCGCGGCAAACCACUGUAUCUUAGCGAGGAUCGGUUCAAUCUGCUCGAAUCGCAGUGGCUGUCGCACCGGUUCGCCCACACCAAACACAACUGGGUGUGGCAUCGGGAUUCGCUGUAAAAAAAACACAGCGCAGACAUUAACAGACAUCGGCAUACAAGCAAUCCAGACAGCCCGGGAACCGGGGACAGGACACAGGACAAGUUGCAAUCGCCAAGGAGUCACAUGGCCACGAACGCGCACUGUGGGGCGAAAGGCGCAACUAGAGCCAGCGAUCGAUCCACGCGCGUGUGUGUGUGUUUGAGUGUAUGCGUGUCUGUGUGUAUGUGUAUGUACGUUUUGUGAUAUUUUUCUACAACUACAGCAAGGGUUUCGAGGAGCAUUUGCCAGAGAAAAGAUGCGCGACAGUGAGCGGGCGCGAGACACCUUCGCCAUGGCACGGCAAACAAAAACGAAAACGAAAAAGCACAGGUCCGAGGGGCGACGCGAACACUGUGUGUGAGUGAUCGCGACGCUGCUCGUCGAUGUGUGUUGUGCAGUGUGUCCCCAUCGCUGUUUGAACCUUCCACUCCCCCAUCCAGGACGCAGGCUCUCGGUCUGCACAUACUCGCUCACCACGCUCUUCCCUUCCUUUGCGUCCAAACAUCCGCCUCCGGCCCAACGGGAACACACACACACACAAGUACUCAGCACGUGCAAUGCAAAGAGAGAGAUAGAGAGAGAGAGAGAGAGAGAGAGAGAGAGCGCGAUAGAGAUAUUAAGGUGACGAUGAAUUUCGAAGGAAAGGCAAAACUCCCCGUUUUGUGACCGUUAAAGCGUAAACAUCAAAAUUGGUAGCAUUGUGUGACGAAAUUGUGAUAUAUAUAUACUCCUUUUCGUGUGUGUGUGUCUGUGUGUGUGUGUACCGCACUGUCUUGUUGCGAUUUAUGUUUGUCUCCACCUUCAGUUGGACCCAAAUCCAACCCUACCAAAAAAAAUGCAUUAUUAAGUCGGUGCUCCGGCCGUUAUUCUUUUCUCACACCCACACGCACACACACACACACACGGAGAAACAAUAUAUGUUUGUUAUUUGAUUUUUGGUUGUCGCAGCGCAGCGCUGCUUUUGAUGAAAGGUUUGAAAAAUGAAAGCAAAACAAAAAUGAAGCUGAAAAUCGCCACGUUUCGCAUGAUUUAGUUUCUCGCCGUUCGACCAGGCAACCGAGGCUCUGCAUACACACAUUCAUAUUUAUGUAGGAGCUUAUAUAAAUGCAUAUAUAUACAUAUAUAUAUAUAUACACACGCAUAUAUAAAACCACUCUAUAUGUACCAUUUAGAUAGUGUUGUGUACUAUUAAUAGGCGAAAACAAAAGGCGUGUGCAUUGUGGUUAGGUUAGCAGUGGUUCAGAGCGAAUGGCAGCAGUACGGGAAAUGCGUUAAUACUUACGAGCAUUCGCGGUACGCUUAUCGGGGCCCGGGAGUGCACGGAACGAAACGAGACUUAGAAGGCAGCAGAGGAAGAAGAGGAAGAGGAACAAUGGAUGAUAUUAGCAGCCCCCCUAGCCCCUCCAUCCCCACACUCGUGGUAUAUGUGGGUGUGUGUGUGUGUGUGUGCUGUACUAGAGUUCUACGUGUAUUGUAGUAUGCUGCUCUAUUACGGUUCACACACUGUAGCGCUAGAUACAUUAUUGAAUAGAAUUCUCUCACGUGAAGUAUAACGCAUCUUAUACUCAGAGAAAGAGAGAGGAGAGAGAGAGAGAGAGAGUUUGAGAGAAAGCGUCAAUGAGGGAAGAGCGAUAUAACGAGACGUUCUUGUGGCGGUUUGGAAUGAAAAAGCUUUUCUGGACUCAAUUAAAAUCCUUCCUCUAUACACACCUCACCCCUCCUGUCCUAAUUGGUCUACUAUUGUGAUGUGUGUGUGUGUGUCCCUGGCUGUUUGAAUGGUAAUGUGUGUGUGUGUGUGUGGGUGUGUGGGUGCGAAUGAAUAUAUGUGUGCGUGUCGUUACUGUUUUUGCACUUCCAAAGCGUGCAAGGCGCGCGCAAAAAAACAACUCAAAACGUGACAGAGACACAAACCGAGCGCCCCCGCACACAUGUUGUUUAGUGUUUCGCAGCCGGAUUAAUACGGUGCAUGAGAGGCAAAGGAGGGGGGGGAAUGGGGGAAAUAAAUCUAUUAGAAUAUGAAAUUUAACGAUGUGUAGCGAGCGAGAAUUUAGCCUGGUUAACGAAUUAUUGGUAGAUAGUCUUGGGAUGGGACAGGGGAAAGGGGGGGAGGCAGGGUAAGGUUGUCUAGAAAUGCUGGUGAGGACCCCCGGUAACCCUCAUCAUAAUGCCCCCCUACCCCCACAUCUUACUCGUAAGUUACCCUGUAAGUGAUGCUACUCGCAAGUUUUUGUGUACGAAUCGAAUUCGUCGAUUCGUUGUUUUCGGUGUGUUGUUUAUUUUUUUUUUUUGGUUUGUUUCGUUCAUUAAGAAUCAGGAUGAGAUAAGGAGCAGUGCGUGUGUGUGUGUGUGUGUCUCCUCCCGGAGGUGACGAUAUGUCAGCUACUCCAUCCUCCAAGCGCGUUACACACGUGCGCCGCUGCUCCUUCUUUAUGCAUACGCAUGCGACACAACUACUCUUAGGUUACUUACGUUGCGGUUUAUUAUUGUUUACGGUUACAAUUAUGAGAAUUACGUUUAUAUACUCUCUAACACCCUGUGCCCUCCUACCACUGUUUUUUUAAAAUAUGAUUAUUAUUAUUAUUAUUACCCCGCCCGCUAUUGUUUAUAAUCCCUGCGAAAUGUGUAUAUUGAAGGAGAGGUAGUGUUGUAAUAUGCUAGAUAAAUGUAAGAUUGUAUGCAUCGUCAAGAAAAUCCGGAUGCUCCAUACGUGGCUCUGUGUUGA